ACAGUCGUGCGCAUACUACCAGGGGAUCCACAUACCUACACAAAGUGACACACACACACUCUCGUACCUUGCUGUUUGUGAAUCUCCCCCACUGGAACGACUGUUUGGCAAAAUCAACAACAAAUCCCCUCGCAUCGACUGGAACAAGUGAAAACGAUCUGCCCGAGUGCAAUUCCGAGAAUAUCUCAGUAUCAGCAUACCGCCAAAUCGUUUGUAGUUCUACAGCGACUUUGUUUUUUUGGCUUUCUCGAGACACUUGAGGAAACUCGUCGAUUUGUAGAACGAGUCUUUUUUCCUCUCGGCGUCGCAAUCACAAACUGGACUUCAAUGGGAAACGAACCAUCGAAAAAGGCAGGUCGAAAUUCAUCAGCACCGUCGACUUCGACAGCCACCACAACAAAGACGAACACCUCAAAGGAUAAGCACAAGCCGGCUCACGGCUCUAAGCAUGUCAGUAUAAACCCGGGGGACAUAAAGAACGAAACCUCUACUCUCCCGGCCGGUAACAAAACCGCCAAACCAAAAUUGCGCAUGGACGAAUCCGCGCAUACCUUUGCCCCCAGCACGGCGAGUGCCUCGGGUCACUACCGCCGGGGAUCGUCGCCCGUCAUGAUUACCGACGCCCUUUCCGAUGUUCGCGUGAACUAUCACAUUGAACCCAAGGAACUAGGACACGGUCAUUACGGGGUGGUGCGAAAAUGUAUGCACCGUGAUUCCGGAGAAUGGUACGCAAUCAAGAGUAUUCGAAAAUCGAAAGUGUCCAAAAUUGAGGUAUUGAAACGAGAAAUUGCUAUCCUGAAAGAAGUCCAACACCCGCACAUAAUCGAGCUGCACGAAGUUUACGAAGACGAACGUUAUCUGCAUUUGAUUACGGAAAUUUGCACCGGUGGGGAACUCUUUGAUCGGAUUAUUGCCAAAACGCAAUCCGCCGAAGGACACUUUUCGGAACACGAUGCGGCCGUCCUGGUGCGAGACAUUCUCGACGCUAUUCGCUACUGCCACGACGAAAAGGGCAUUGUUCAUCGCGAUUUAAAACCGGAAAAUUUCCUCUUUCUCACGGAAGCAGAGGAUGCACCCGUCAAGAUUAUUGAUUUUGGGUUGUCCCGGCACGAGACAGACAUGGGUAUCAUGCAAACCAAGGUAGGGACACCCUACUACGUCGCGCCAGAAGUUUUGAGACGGGAGUACACCAAUUCCUGUGAUAUUUGGUCGAUCGGUGUCAUUACGUACAUCUUACUGUGCGGCUACCCACCCUUUUAUGGUGAAUCCGACACGCAAAUAUUUGAAUCGGUCAAAGUGGGCAAGUUUGACUUUCCGUCACCCGAAUGGGACGAAAUCAGCCAGUCGGCGAAAGAUUUCGUGCUGAUUAUGCUCAAGAAGAGUCCCAUGGAUCGACCUACGGCUGCCGCUGCCCUUAAGCAUCGAUGGCUCAAGGAACAGCUCGGACGCAAGGAACUGGCCACCUCUAGCAUUUCUCAUGCAAGCGUUCGGACGGGAGAGUUUACCAAGUAUUUGGCGAUGAAAAAGUUGAGAAAGGCGGCUCUCGGUUAUAUUGCGUCGAACCUGACACAAACCGAGGUGGGACAUUUGGCGGAAUUGUUCAAAACCAUGGACAAAAACGAUGACGGUCACGUUUCACUAGCCGAACUAGAUGAAGCUAUUGCUAAGGGAAGCUUCAAUAAGGAAAUUCGAGACGAUCUCAGGGAGAUGCGGCACGAAUUGACCUUGUCGGACGAAGAGACUAUUGAUUACCGAGACUUUUUGGCUGCAACCAUGGAUCGCAGUCUAGCAAUGCGCGAGGAGAAUAUGAAAAUGGCUUUUGAGCAUUUCAAGCGUUCUGACGCCGACUAUCUGACUCUGGAAGAUUUUGCCGAUUUCUUUGGUGGAGAAGCGCACGCUAAGGAGAUCUUGAGUCUGUUGGAUGCCAACGGAGAUGGGAAGGUAUCGUUCGAUGACUUUCGAAGAGUUAUUGCCGAAAGCAUGGAGGACGACGAAGAUGAAACUGAGAAUGGGGAAGUCAUUGGGUAACAGUAAAUGUAACGUAACGCAC